AUGGCGCUCGGCACCGUUUUCGCGGACGCCUCGGCCGUGGUGGGCCUUCCGGAGGCCGUCGUGCGGUUCCUGGUGUGCAUGCUGGCGACGUUCCCGAUCCACUCGGCGUGGCCGGCGCUGCCCCCGGGGUGGCCGCGCCACGUCUACUCGACGGCCACGGGCGUGGUGCUGACGGUCAUCUCCUUCGGCCCCGAGACGCUCAAGAUGCUCCUGACCAUGGCCGUCGUGUACGCCGCCAUGAUCGCGAUGCGCUCCCGCUGCGCCGCGGUCGCCUGGGGGGUGUCGUUCACGCACCUGGUGUACAAGAAGUACGGCCUGUACGUCGACGCGGAGCACGUGGCGCAGCGCCCGACGCUCGACUACACCACCGCCGCCAUGGUCCUCACGCUCAAGCUCAUCUCCAUGGCGCACUGCUACGGGGACGGCGGGCGCGACGACGCGGAGCUGACGCCCACGCAGCGCGAGCGCCGGCUGGACCGGCUGCCGUCGGUGCUGGAGCUCCUGGGGUACACGUUCUCGUGCGGGAACCUGCUCGUCGGCCCGUACAACGAGAUGGCGGACUACCUGGCCUUCACGAACAACACGGGCGAGUACGCGAAGGACAUGCCGCGGCCCACGCUGUCGCAGCGCGUGUCCGUCUCGCUGCGGCUCGCGUGCGAGGCGUGCAUCUGGGCCGCGUUCCACGUGUCGGUCGGGGCGCGCCUCCCGCCCAAGUUCCUCGCCACGGGCGCGUUCGCGGCCCUGCCGUGGCUCCCCGACGCGGCGCGCCUCCUCGCCGGCGAGCUGUCGCCGCGCGCGCUCGGCAAGGCCCUGACGACGUCGCUCACGAUGAUGGGCGUGCGCGGCAAGUACUACUUCGCGUGGAUGAUGGCCGAGUCGUCCUGGGCGCUCUCGGGCCUCGCGGCGCGGCGCGUGGACGCCGAGGCCAAGGGGGCCGAGGAGUGGGCCUGGGACGCCAUGCAGAACAUACACCCCCUCUCGUGCGAGUUCGCGGCGAGCCCCGUGAAGAUCUCGCACGACUGGAACGUGAAGACGGGGCAGUGGAUGCGGAUCUACGUCUACGAGCGCAUCACGCUCUUCGGGAAGCGCCCGGGGGCGGCCAACCAGAUCGUCGCGCUCGCGGUCUCGGCGCUGUGGCACGGCGUGUACCCGGGGUACUUCUUGACGUUCGCCACGUUCAUACCGUGGGUGCUCGCGGGCAAGGCGCUCUUCCGGCUCUCGCGCGCCGCGGGGCCCAGGCUGGGGCCGGUGCUGUCCGGCGCAAACUACGUGCUCGCGCGCUGGGGCCUCGACGCCAUCACUCCCCCCUUUGUCCUCCUGCACCUCGCGCCCUCGAUGCAGGUCUGGUCGUCGCUCAUGUGGUCCCCGCACCUGAUGGUCGUCUUCUGGCUCGCGACGUGCGCGGCGCUCACGCCCCGCAAGCGCGGCCGAGGGCGAGGCGACCCGCGGCCCAAGGCCGAGUGA